CUGUCAAUCUACCCGGGAGAGGAACGCCAUCACGUGACUCAUUUGGAACCGCCCGUCGCGACGCCAUUUUGAGAUGGGCAGCUCCAGGGCGACGUCUGCAGAUAUUUCGAACAUCAAAAUCACGACGACACCUCGCUAUUUUGCAGACGACGAAUCGCCAGCGCAUCGAAUUCAUCUCGGUACAUUUAGGGUUUACGAAUUACGACGCAACCCGCGACAACCACAGCUGCCGAGCGAGGCACAACCCGCCCACCAUGGUUUCAAUCAGCGAAGUCAAAGGCAACAAGCGCGACAACCGCACAGCAGCACACACACAUAUCAAGGGUCUUGGAUUGAAGUCUGAUGGCCAUGCAGAGACAACAGCCGGCGGCUUCAUUGGCCAGGUACACGCACGAGAGUCGUGCGGCGUCGUUGUCGACCUGAUUCGAGCUCACAAAAUGGCUGGCCGAGGCGUCUUGCUGGCUGGCGGUCCCGGAACCGGAAAGACGGCGCUGGCGCUGGCCAUUAGCCAGGAGCUCGGCACCAAGAUCCCUUUCUGCCCCAUUGUUGGUAGCGAGGUCUACUCGACGGAAGUUAAGAAGACAGAAAUGCUCAUGGAGAACUUCCGCCGCGCCAUUGGCCUCAAGGUCCGCGAGACCAAGGAGGUGUACGAGGGUGAAGUGACGGAGUUGACGCCCGAAGAGGCUGAGAACCCGCUCGGCGGAUACGGCAAGACCAUCAGCACCCUCUUGAUUGGUCUCAAGAGCGCCAAGGGCCAGAAGAAGCUGCGCCUGGACCCGAGUAUCUACGAAGCCAUCCAGAAGGAGCGUGUGACUGUCGGCGACGUCAUCUAUAUCGAAGCCAACACCGGCGCCUGCAAGCGUGUAGGCCGAUCCGACGCCUACGCCACCGAGUUCGACCUCGAGGCCGACGAGUACGUGCCCAUCCCCAAGGGUGAGGUGCACAAGAAGAAAGAGAUUGUUCAGGACGUAACGCUACACGAUCUCGAUAUCGCCAAUGCGCGCCCACAGGGUGGCCAGGACAUCAUGAGCAUGAUGGGCCAGCUCAUGAAGCCCAAGAUGACGGAGAUUACAGAAAAGCUGCGAACCGAAAUCAACAAGGUUGUCAGCAAGUACAUUGACCAAGGUGUAGCCGAGCUGGUUCCCGGCGUUCUUUUUAUUGAUGAGGCACACAUGCUCGAUGUGGAAUGCUUCACCUAUCUGAACCGUGCGCUGGAAUCGCCCAUUGCGCCCAUUGUCGUACUGGCGUCCAACCGCGGAAUGUGCAAGAUCCGCGGCACUGACGACAUUGUUGCUGCCCACGGCAUUCCUAGCGACUUCCUCGCCCGCCUGCUCAUCAUUCCCACUGCGCCCUACCAGGCCGACGAGAUUAAGCGCAUCGUGCGACUUCGCGCCACUACGGAAGGCGUUGCCAUUACCGAUGCCGCCAUUGACAAGAUUGCUGAGCAUGGCGUGCGCAUUAGCUUGCGUUACUGCCUUCAGCUGCUUACCCCUGCUAGUAUUCUUGCAAAGGCUGGCGGGCGCCAGCAAAUUGACAUCCAGGACGUCGCCGAGUGCGAGGCUUUGUUCCUCGACGCCCGCCGCAGUGCUGCGCUUCUGAGCUCCGAGGAAGGCCGGGGCUACCUCUCGUAGACUGUCAGCACAUGGGACGAAAGAGGAAAUGAGGCGGAAGUGUAAGAAACGGGGAUUUGCUGUUUGCAGAUUAGUCAAAAAAGGCAGAUUGGGAGAGCCCGAUGGCCAGACAAGAGAGCGAGGCGAGGCUCCUCUCAGUGGGUGUAGUAAACAGGUGCAGGCGGCGCUAUUGGGCAAAGACAACUUUGUAUUUUCUUUCUGGUAUUAGAACAAGGCGUGCAGGAGCAGCAACAAGUUCAUGCUGCCAUACGGUCAAGACGCAAAAAGAUUCAUGCUUUUUUCUUUUCAAACUCUCCCUAACCGCUGACCGCUGUGAACGUAUGGCCCCUCCCCUUUGCCGCCCCCAAACUCAAUUUGUGCAGUCUCGCCGCAUCCACUCAAGAUUCGGAUCGCGGCAGCGGGUGCUCAGACGUGGUGAGAAAAGUUAUUCUCCGGCUCUGGAUAAACUUUGCCUAAGUCGAACAGGCCUCAGCGCAACGCCCAGGGGACUCACGGACAGAGUUUCGACUAGACUAAGCUCUAUCGUUUCUCGACGGCGUUCUUCCAUGUAGUCAUGUUUCGGUUUGUGUCUUUGCUUGGGCGUCAAAGAGGGGGGGCCUUUUUGGAACAACGCUUACGGUGUUGGCGAGUCGCAUUUCGUUUAUUUUUCCUUGCCUUUGUCUCAUCCCCGCCAAUGCAACGAAAUUGCCAUGCAUUUUCUACAGCGGAAGAAACAAAAAAAUAUGACAUCAACGCGAGUACUAACUUUGGCCGUUAGAAAAAAAGAGAAUGCUUCUUUCUCCAUCAUUGGUGAAAAGUCUAUUCCCAGUAACGGGGCUGAAAGCAGUAGAUUGCGAUGCCAACGUCGGAGCCAACGCUCGUGCGUCAAACUCUAUUGAAUGCAGUUAACAACGCGAGGGCCGACUACGGAAAUGCGCCCAUUAAUCUGGAACGACAAAGAAAUCGCCGCAUCACGUGAAGCUAAAGUUUCUUACUUGCCAGAGACAGAGUUCUUUGUCUCAGCAUGGCGCAUUCCAGCCACUAGAGCUUCUUCCGUCUGCAGCAUUCCUUGUGCCAAAGACCUCUCCACAAGAAAGGACGCUCUGGCCAGUCAUUGCUGACGCCUGGAAACUCUGAAUCGAAAGCCCAUUGUCGGGGGGCAUGAAAAGCCGUGUCCACCUGUCUCGCCAGCGCAGAGACGAGCCUGAAGAUGGCCGGGACGACCGCCCACCACUUGCAAGGCGCCGCGGAGCCUUUUCCUAACUUUGCGAGCAGUGUCUUGCAGAUCGAAGGGGAGGGGGGAUGGUAGGUAAGCGGGCGCCUCGUUUCUACACUGCGGCGCGGUUCUUUGAUGGAUGAGACAUACAGCGCUCGUACCCUCCGCCGCCCCCCCCCCCAGCCAGCCAGAGGCAGGCAGGCAUUGCAAAGAAUGGGCCGUUA